CAUCCUUUUCCUCUUUCUGCCUUCUGCUUUUGACAUUGUUUUUGUGGAGGACUUUCGUGCGAGUCCAUUGAUGAGGCUCGGGGGGCUUCUCAUGGUUUGAAACCUCCCCAACUCCCAUGGGAUGAAAUCUGUGACCUUGUCCACUGUAGCUGCUCCGCAACUAUUUGGCCCCUUUUGUUGUGCCGGAAGGCUGAGACAUGCCAUCUGCCCCUUUCCAUCAAGGAUCAUUCAUCUCUGAUGUGGUCUAGGUAUUGUAGACCUCUCCGUGGUCAGGGUAAGUGGUGAUUGGCUAGGCUGGUGCUGCCCGGAAGAGUAGUGAUCUUUAAACCCCCAAUCCCUGAGCGAUUCAAGGGGAAACACCAGCAAGUACAUAAAGUGUGAUUCGGACUGCCAUCUGACUGCCUCCUUGUCCUCCAGGGCUCGCUGCUGUCGAUGAGAUCAAUGCUGUGAUUCGGGAAGGUCAUCCCAGUAACACCGUGAUGGCACUCAUGAAACCUGAGGCCCAGCUCCCGACCGUUCAUCCCUUUGCUGCUGUUCUGUAUCAGGAAGAACUGUUCAACCUUCAGGAACAGAGCUCUUUGAACUACUUGGCCCCCGAGGAGCUGUCCACGACAGUAGAGAAGGUGUCAGCCGUUGCUCUGCUUAACCAGGUGUUGGAAACCGAGGAUCUUGAGUUGACCCAGGAUCGUCUCAGAAAUCCCUCAAUUGACUUCAAUAACCUGGAUGAAGCACACUUGGAACGGUAAGGGAUCCCUCAUUCCUUUCAGCUCUUUGUCAGU